GGUUGCUAGAAAUUGGAGUUUGGUAUCGGUGAGGACAUGACUGGGGUGCAUUGGCGACGGAGAUGUCGAGGAGUUUGAUACUGAUAAUCGAUCUGGACACGAUAAUGGGCAGGCCGGCGGCGAGCCCUGCGAGAGUAUGACGGGCCGGUACGGUCAAGCCCUCGACGACACCCUGAACUCCCAGAAACAUUAUCAAUCCCAAUCAGAGAUCACAAACAGCGCAGAGGCGAGAACAUGCUGCUGAUAAGCCGCUUGUGCAUCGCGACGGCGAUGCUAUGGACGGCGACGGCGGUUGCAAAGGGUGUGGGAACGGAGGGCGACGGCCGAAUGUACUUCGCUAUCGCGGUGCCCUACGGCGAGACCGGCUUCGGACGAGCCUUCAACAAGACCCUAGCGAACAUUACGCAAUCAUUGGUCACGGUGCGGACGUCCGCGGGAAACUAUAGCAUCGCUCUGGACACCCUGGUGAUCGAACUGCCUCAAAACGGAAGCUUCACCGCCGUCCUCCUAGAAACGCUCUGCCAGAAGUUCGAGGGAAAGCACGUCGUCGCCGUGCUUAUUCUCGGACAUUCCCCUGCUGCCUUCACCGUCUCCUUGGCUGCUACAUACUCUGGUAUACCUGUUCUCUGGGCUCGAGGACAAGGUGGAUUCCUCACAGGCUUCUCAGGAAUUGAUUCUCACGUCCUGGAGAUGCAUCUGGCACCUACUGGUCGUGAGGUUGUUCAAGCCUUAAGAGGAAUCCUUCUACAAGCCCAUUGGCAUACUUUCACCAUCCUAGCAGACAGCACGUCUUCUUCGGCCCUUCAGAGACCUGACCUUUGGGGCCCUUUGGCCGUAGCCCCACUGCACCCAACUCUGAUACCUCUACCGAAUCCCCCAGCUGCUCAACAGAUCUUCAGGAAGCUGGCGGACAUAUCGAGGUCAACCCGCGGGGUGGUGGUGUUGUUGACAAACCGGGAGGUGGCCGUGAGGAUUUUGGAGGACGCGCGACGCUUGAACAUGCUGGAUGGGCACUUUGUGUGGAUUUGGAUCGACACCCGGUCAUCGUCGGGAUAUGGGAAUUCGAGCGAGAACAACGGGGGCAGCAGACGUCGCGGCGACGGCGAGCCGGGGGGCGGCGGUGGCGGCGCCAGUAGGGAUGGAAACAGGGGAAAGCGGCGCGUGGACCCUUUGGAAGAGCUGGGAGACAUGCAUGUGAAUUAUUUAUUGAAGAAUGACCAGUUCCUCCUAUUCAAUCGGGAACCGCAGAAGAGGCAGGCCGGAAGCGGUGGCGGCGGCACGGUGGAUGCGGUAGUGCGGACCAGGAAGCGGUCGCGGGGGCGGCCGGAACUGCCGCUUGGGCUGCUCAGUCUGCGGCCUGUGCCUAUUAAAAUCGACAGGCACCUGGUUAAAGGCGCCGUCCGCCUCCUAAUUUCCGCUUUGAAGGUGGCCCUUGCCCGAGGACCCCACUGGCUAAUGGACAACCUCGUCCUGCGUAGGCUGACCACCAGCUGCUGGAGACCUCAGGGCAACAAAGAACGCAACUUUUCAGAACUUUACGGAACGUAA